GUCUAUGUAUGUUGCAACUUGACAAUCAUGGCGAGCACGUCGAGGUCUGUUUUUCUAAUUUAUUUUUAAUUCUGUUUAUAUCUUAACGAAGUUUUACUAUAAUUAAAAACCAGAAAUAUGUUUAUAUACAAACUGGCUUUACAAUGGAAGCGAAUAAGGUGGUGUGUUAUGCUCAUCCCGAUGCUCCGCUCAUUGAGGAUUAUAGAGCGGGUGACAUGAUAUGUUCAGAAUGCGGCCUCGUUGUUGGCGACAGAGUAAUUGACGUAGGAUCUGAAUGGCGUACAUUCAGUAAUGAGAAGUCAGGAGUUGACCCAUCUCGUGUUGGUGGUCCAGAGAACCCACUUCUGUCUGGAGGUGAUCUUUCCACUAUAAUUGGUCCUGGACGAGGAGAUGCAUCUUUCGAUAGCUUUGGAGUAUCGAAAUACCAAAACAGACGAAACAUCAGCAGUACUGACAGAGCUCUCAUUAAUGCCUUCAGAGAAAUAAACAUGAUGGCUGAUCGUAUCAACUUACCAAAAACAAUUGUUGACAGAGCAAACAAUUUAUUUAAACAGGUUCAUGACGGUAAAAACUUGAAGGGUAGAUCGAAUGAUGCAAUAGCAUCUGCUUGUUUAUACAUUGCAUGUCGGCAAGAGGGUGUACCGCGUACUUUUAAGGAAAUUUGCGCAGUCAGUAAGAUCAGUAAGAAAGAAAUUGGUAGAUGUUUCAAACUUAUCCUUAAGGCAUUGGAAACAUCAGUCGACUUGAUCACGACCGCAGAUUUCAUGUCUCGUUUCUGUUCAAAUUUGGCACUGCCGAACUCAGUACAAAGAGCCGCAACACAUAUUGCGAGGAAAGCUGGGGAAUUGGAUAUUGUAUCUGGAAGGAGUCCCAUUUCGGUUGCCGCUGCCGCUAUAUAUAUGGCUUCACAGGCGUCAGCAGAUAAACGCAGUCAGAAAGAGAUUGGUGAUAUUGCUGGUGUAGCAGAUGUUACAAUCAGGCAGUCGUACAAGCUGAUGUAUCCAUUUGCAGCAAAAUUGUUCCCAGAAGACUUCAACUUCGCAACACCCAUUGAGUUCCUGCCGCAGAUGUAAAUGUGUUAAGUGUUAAUUGUAUACAGUGGAAUCAAUAUAUGGUGAGUUUUGAUAUAAAGUAGUAAUAAGUUGAAAGUAAUAGUUUUCAUAUGUUCAAUUGCUAUACAUAGCAUUAUAAGUUUGCUACAAAAUUAAAUGGAUGUUAUAUAAUUAAUAUUGUAUAAAUAUAUAAUAUAACAGUUAGUUAAAUUCGAAAUUUAUAUUAUGAUAUCAAGUAACCAACUUGAAUUUUAUAAGAAUCAAAACUUUAGCUGUAUUUAUUAUUGAUGAUAAAACUGCAUUUGACUAUCAAUGUUCACAGACUAUUGGGAUCUGAUAUUUAUAUUAGACAUGAUAACUUUGAAACCACCCAGGUGCGUUGCACAAAGCACUGCCACAUAUCAUGGAUUUU